CAAAAAUAAGUAUGAGCGUGUUAAUGAUCUUGUAAAUAUAACAACUAUCCAAAUUAAAAAAAAAUCCUUAUUUCAAUAUAUAUUUAUUUAUUACUUAUGGAGCCAGUAGAUUUAUUUUAUACUGGAUCAAAUAUAUCACCUAAUUCCAUUAGACUUAUAGCAGAAAGUAUUGGCAUUCCUAAUUUAGAUUCUUCCAUUUCAAAUCUGAUCUCUGAAAACGUGUCAUAUUGGCUUAGCAUUCUCAUUCAGGAUGCUGAAAAAUAUUCUCGACAUGAAAAGCGAACAUUUCUUACUGUUAAAGAUUAUUCCAAGGCCUUAAAAAAUAGAAAUUUUGAGCCAUUCUAUGGCUUUUCUGACCCAGCAUUUUUACCCUUUCGCAAUGCCUAUUCCAACAGUAAAGAGUUUUUCUUCCAGGAGGAAAAUAUCCCCGAACUAGAUCUAGCCCAAACAGCCCUAUCUCAACUGCCUAAAAUUCCAUUGGAUUCUAGUGUCAAAGCUCACUGGUUAUGUAUCGAAGGUGUGCAGCCGAUUACACCCGAAAAUAUCUCGACAGAUCAACGAGUACCAUCUAACCCUUCUGCUAAUUUAAAUGUGCCUUCUAGCGGAACCAAAACCCCCAAAACUCAUACUACAACUUCCGUCCCAUCUAGCCCCGACCUCGCCAAACGAGGUCACAAACACAAAAGGAAUCGUAAAUGGCGCCAUCUCGCGGAGGAUCUUCCUAUAUCAAUGGAACAACAACUAUACUACAAGGAUAUAACUGAAGCUUGCGUAGGUUCGGAAGAGUUGAAAAGAGCUCAAGCCUUCCAGAGCCUAGCUACUGACCCAGGCCUGCACUCUUUACUUCCUAGAUUCGCUAGUUUUGUAGCCCAGGGUGUCAAGAUAAACCUUCUGCAACGCAACCUGGCAGUUCUCAUUUACCUCAUGCGUAUGAUACGAGCUUUGCUGGAAAAUCCUCAUCUUUUAUACUCCCCUUCCACAACCAAAACGGCUUCUAAGAUGGCUUCAAUCGCUAUAACAUCCGGUGAUUUCCUGGCUUCUCAGCAGCUCAAACAUCAAGCUCACUCCCUAAUUCCGGCCGUGCUGAGCUGCUGCCUGUGUGACCGUAUAUGCCAGAGGCCAGAAAUAGACAACCAUUGGGCUCUGAGAGAUUUUUCUAGCAAAUUGCUGUCUCAAUUUUGUUCCAGACUAGAUAAUUCGUCUAACAGACUAAGAGCCAGGAUAUGCAAGCUUUGCCGGGAAAUUAUAACCAAGUUUUUGGCCGAAAAAAACGCGAAAGAUGACAGCACAGGUGGUAAUAAAGGUUCUAAUGCUAAUAUCGUAGGCGGUGAUUUUGGGACAGAACGGAUAGAUGACUCCAGAUUGGAAGCAUCCUCAUAUUUUUCCAUUGUCUCGAAAGCGGAAGUAAUGGCUGCAACCUUGUAUGGAGCCAUUUCUGCCUUGCACGAAUUGGGACCCUUGGCUUUGAUUGCCAUUCUGCCACGUGAUAGAAUCAAAGAUCUUGAUAUGGCACUUACCACUCACGCACAGUCGAUCCACGCACAAAUCACUCGUACAGGGCAUUCUAUUGCACCUGCACAACGCGUUACAGCCGAGCGUGUUGCUGUCGAACACGUAAAACAGCUGUUGGUCAAGGUAGCCUGUAUCGUUCAUCGAUAUGAAAAUGCUUCACAAAUGGCAUUUAACACCUCUGGCACAAAUGCCCCACUUUCUUUAACUAAUACAACACCACCUAAUCUCGAGGAACUUAAAGAUCAGUUUGGAUCCAGUCUGGCCCCUUUGAUUUUCGCCUCACUCCGCAAACUUCCUCAUUCUGCGGCAAGUCAUGUUCACUCGCAGUCAACGUCACAAUCCUACAUCAAUCAGAUUGGAAGUCAGGGACACCGAAAUCAGCUUAUUCAAAGUCACCAAUUCUUACAUGUCACCAGACCACCUUUCGAUUCAAAAGACAGUCAAUUUAGGCACCACAAUCCUCUGCCGAACACACACUUCUCUCUAGCUAACACGAAUUCGCUUCUUCAUCAACAUCAUCUUGUUUCACAGAAUUCUUCUCAAGUCCACCAAAUCGUAAAUCCAGUUCGAUUCUCUGGGAAUGCUCAGCAAACAAUGCAGAGACCGCAACUUACAUAUUAUCCGCCACCGCCGACCGCGUUACAAGCUAAGGCUAGCCCUUCCCCUAUUAAUACCCGAUCCUACUCUCCCUCCUUGAAUAAUUCAUUUCAUUUUUCAAACGUCAAUCGUAUUAAUAAUGCCAACUUUACGAGCAACGCUUACGCCCAACAAAAUCGAUCACCUUUACUCACAAACAAUAUCAAUAAAAUAAUUAGAACACCAUCCUUUGCCUCUUCUUCUUCCUCUAAUCAUCAAUCCACUCAUUCCGAAUACAUAAAUUCUUUUAUAAUAAAUAACAGUAGCCUCAACAAUGUAACUAAUUUGAAUAACAUACAUAAUUUAACGAAUAAUAAUAAUAAUAGUACUAACACCUUUAAACAUGUCAACCCCAAAAUGUCUAACGAUUCUAAUUUCGGCAUGUCCAAUCAUUCCUCGCCCCACGAUAACGAAGUGGAAUGCUUGCUACAAAUAGAAGGAAUUAAUAAAGGUUUCAACGAAGGCAGAAAGAAUGAUAGCUUAGCGGCCGUCCCUAACCAGCCAAAUAAUAAAGUAAUUUAUUGAGACAUUUAAGUCUUUAAACACACCCCAGAGAAGAUUAAUGUGUUAAGCAAAUCGUAAUCUCCUAAGAAAAUUUUCUUCACAUAUUAUCAAACCAUGACUCAGUAUUUAGGCUCGUGUGUAAUUUCAUUUUAUCCUGUAAAUUGAUAUUAAACCCAUAAGGAUCAUUGACAAAGAACUAAAUUAUUUCAACUAUAAGAAUUCCAUCUCCAUUCAUUCUGAAAAAAAGUGUAAUAAGGAUCGAAGAAAUGCAACCAAAUGAAAUCCAUAACCACAAAAAUUAUGCAACUAUGAAUGAACUUGUUUAUAUAUAAAUUAUAUAUACUUGACUUUGUAAAAUAACAAUUUUUUGUAAAUAAGUUUUUAUAUUAUAUGCAUAUAAUAUCAUUUUGUUAUUACGACGAAAUAUUUAUGUAAAAAAUCAAUUGCGAAAAA